AACGAUUUUUACAUACUCUGCCGCUUUGAUUUCCCACAUCUCUACGCCUCAAAACGAGAGCGACUCCAAAACCUUCCAGCUUCAACAAUGGCGGCCGCUGCCCCCAAUCCAAUCAAGUCAGUGCAAUGUUUUGGCCGCAAGAAGACCGCUGUUGCAGUAACCUACUGCAAAACCGGUCGAGGAUUAAUCAAGAUCAACGGUACCCCAAUCGAGUUAAUUCAACCCGAAAUCCUUCGCUACAAGGUAUUUGAACCGAUUCUUCUUCUGGGUCGCCAACGUUUCAAUGGCGUUGAUAUGAGGAUCCGUGUUAAAGGUGGAGGUCACACAUCUCAAAUCUACGCCAUUCGUCAGAGUAUUGCAAAGGCUCUUGUAGCUUAUUACCAGAAGUUUGUGGAUGAACAGCAGAAGAAGGAGAUUAAGGACAUUCUUGUGAGGUAUGAUCGUACUUUGCUUGUUGCUGAUCCUCGUCGCUGUGAGCCUAAGAAGUUUGGUGGUCGUGGUGCUCGUGCUAGAUUCCAGAAGUCUUACCGUUAAUCCAGAAGAAGACAAAAGAGGAUGUUUUCUAUAUGGAAUUUUAGAGUUUUGGUUGUUGUGAAAUGAUCUCUGAAUCGUUUGAUUUAGGUGGUCGGUUAGUGAGUAAGUAGCUACUGUUUUCAAGUAAUUUUGGGAUUUGAUUGUGUUUUGAUGAUAUUGCAAUGUUUUCUACUGAUGAAUUUUGAGUGUUACUCAUUUUAGUCCUUGGUGAA